AUGCCGCGCGGCUUCCUCGUCAAGCGGAGCCGGCGGCCCGGCGGCUCCUACCGGGCGCGCCCCCGGGAGCGGGACCCGCCGCCCGCCCCGUCGCCGCCGCCGCCGCCCGCCGCCGGGGGCAGCCCCGCGGCCCGGCAGGGGGCGGAGGAGGAGGAGCAGGGCGAGGAGGAGGAGGGCGCCGCCGCCGCCGCCUGCCCCGCGCCCGCGCCCGCGCCCGCUCCCGCGCCCGCGCCCGCCGCGGCGACGUGGCUGCCCGGCGGCGGCGGGAGCCCCGGGCGCGCCCCGCCGGAGGGGCCGGCGGGCUGGGGGGCGGCGGGGCCCUGCAGCGCCGCGGGGCCCCGCGCGGCUUUCUUCGAGCGGUGCCUCAGCUCGCCCGCGUCCGCCGAGUCCUUCCCGCUGGCCGCCUCCUUCCCGCCGGCCGAGAAGCUGCUGCUGCAGCCGCGCACGCCGCUGCCCGCCCCGCCGCCGCCGCCGCCGCCGCCGGGCCCCGCGCUGAAGCGGCCGUCGCGGGCCAAGGCGCCGGCUAAGAAGGCCAAGGCCACGCGGAAGCUGAGCUUUGCCGACGAGGUGACCACCUCGCCCGUGCUGGGGCUGCGCAUCAAGGAGGAAGGGCCCGAGGGCCGCCCCGGACCGCCGGCGGGGCCGCCGCCGGCGGGGCGCACGCCGCUGGGCGAGUUCAUCUGCCAGCUGUGCAAGGAGCAGUACGCGGACCCGCUGGCGCUGGCGCAGCACCGCUGCUCGCGCAUCGUGCGCGUCGAGUACCGCUGCCCCGAGUGCCACAAGAUCUUCAGCUGCCCCGCCAACCUGGCCUCGCACCGCCGCUGGCACAAGCCGCGGCCCGGCCCCAGCGCCGACGGCGCCGCCGCCGCCGCCGCCGCCGCCGCCGCCGCCGCGCCGCCGGGCAAGGAGAACAGCCCCGAGCGGCGGCCCCGCGGCCCCGCCGCCGCGCCGCCGCCGCCGCCCCGUCAGCACCGCGGCGCCGCGGACAGCGCCGGCGGCCCCGGCGGGGCGGGCCCCGGCGGGGCGGGCGCGGCGGAGGCCUUCGCGUGCCCCUGCUGCCAGAAGCGGUUCCGGCGGCAGGCCUACCUCCGCAAGCACCUGGGCACCCACGAGGCGGCGCGGGCGGCGGCCCGCGGCCCGCCCGAGCGGGGCCCGCUCGCCUUCGCCUGCCCGCUCUGCGGGGCCCGCUUCCCCUCGGCGGACAUCAGGGACAAGCACCGGCUGUGGCACGCCGUGCGCGACGAGCUGCUGCUGCCCGCGGCGCAGCCCGGGGGCGGCGCGGCCGGCGGCGAGCCGCAGGGCUUCCCCUGCAAGCACUGCCCCGCCACCUUCUUCAGCGCGCCCGGCCUGGCGCGGCACGCCACCAAGUGCCACCCGCCCGAGGGCAGGCAGGUCCUGCUGCUCCAGGUGCCCGUCCGGCCGGGCUGCUAG